UUUUAUGGCAUAUCACGGACUUAGCCAUCCACCCCCGGUCAGCACGAAAAUUGCUCUGUAGACGUGUCGCUCUAUCAACUUGGACGGGAGCCGUUAUCGAACCGACCCAAAUCAGCGAUUCGACAAUGAAGCGGAAGGGUUGUCUGGACACUCCGUGAGCCGAUCGCAGCCCGCUGUACUGAGAUGGCAUCGUUCGAGGACCCCGCAAAAUCCUGGGCGCGAGACCGCGAUAAGUUCAAGGAACGGACGGGAGACGCGUCUGAAGCACAAAAAGAAAUUGCUUUCGUACAGUGGUUGACCGAAAAUGGCGGUAAGUUUGCCGAUUGCGUCGAGUUACGAUCUUACGAUGAUGAGGUGCGAGGUGUGCAUGCGACACGGGAUCUCGAAACUGAAGAAAUCCUUGUGGAAGUGCCCUUGAAAUGUCUAAUUACAGUCGAAAUGGGCAAGGCGACAGAUGUAGGGCGCGCUGUAUUGGAAGCGGAAUUAGAGCUAGACGCGCCAAAGCAUGUAUUCCUCAUGUUGUUUGUCCUACUCGACCGGCGCGAUAGCUCGACCUUCUUUGCACCCUACUAUGACAUCCUGCCAUCGACGCUAAGCAACAUGCCCAUCUUCUGGCAGCCUGAUGAAUUGGAAUGGCUCAAGGGUUCGUACCUCUUGACACAGAUUGAGGAACGGAAACGGGCUAUCAAAGCUGAUUACGAAGCCAUCUGUGGGAUUUGGCCCUCCUUCAUAGAUGUUUGCACGUUGGAAGAAUUCAAGUGGGCCCGUAUGUGCGUAUGCUCUCGAAAUUUCGGUGUAGUUGUCAAUGGCGCGCGUACAUCAGCUAUGGUCCCAUAUGCGGACAUGCUGAAUCACUUUCGGCCAAGGGAGACUAAAUGGACCUUCGACAACUCACGCGGUGCAUUCACAAUCACAUCGCUCCAGAAAAUUAGUGUUGGUUCGCAGAUCUAUGAUUCAUAUGGCCAGAAGUGUAACCAUCGAUUUUUGCUUAAUUACGGGUUCGCCAUCGAGGACAAUAAGGAGCCAGAUGGCUUCUGCCCCAAUGAAGCAGCUCUUUUGUUGCAACUCUCUCCUCAUGACGCCCUCGCAUCUCGAAAGCAGCUACUAUGGAUUCGUGAUGGAGCUGCACUUGCCAAUGAUCAUUUGAUGCCAUUUUCGAAUGAACGCCACGCUAGGAUUCACGUCAAAUCCGAAAAGGUCGUUCUCCACCAUUAUGUGCGUUUUGCAACCACAGCCCUUGAGUUGACCCAUAUGCGACCUGACGACUUUGAUGCUUCCGUGGCCAGGCUUUUCAAUUCUAAUGACCAUCGUCAUGUUGCCACCUAUUCUAAUGGCAUCCUGCGCCAAGUACGGCGCAUUGGUCGUGUGCAGGCCCUGCACGCUGGCCCUGCAUAGGCCCGCACUAGGUCCCUGGUGCGGCCCGGCCAGUGUGGGAAACGAAUAAUAUAGACUAAUUGUC